AUGGCGACUCCUCGCCCUCACGCCGCCUCGCCCGGCGGUGCGUGGUCGGGCGCCCUCACGGCUGCUCCCACGCCCACGCAACCCCCGCCCGACGAGACGGGGCUGCAAUCCAAACCCAUGGGCCUCAAGGUCCACUACACCUUCGACAAGGAGGCCAAGGUCAACUGCCUAGCUCGCCACCCGCAGACGCUCGUCGUGCAGACGGUCCCCGUCGACGACAGAAACACAAUCGGCAUCGUCGACCUGAGAUCCUGCGUCCACGCCAUCGUCCAGUGCAGCCCCGAGCUUGCCGGCCACGACAGCGACUACGCCGUCUACGCCGUCGACUACUCCGAGUCGGAUCUGCCCUUGGUCGGCCAGGGCAUGCUCUCCUGGAUUCUCGACUCGAUGCGUCCCGCCGCCGCCGACCCGAUCGCUCACCAACCCCAGAUGGUUACCGGCCGCGUCACCAAGAACCUUCUCGCCGUCUUCGGGGGAGGCAACAAGGAUACCCUCGAGGUCCGCCUGAGGCUCUCGAGCUCCGCCAAGGUCCUCCGACCCUUGCACCACGACGCCGCCGACUUGGACCUUCAGCAGCAGGGUCAGCAGCACGGCGUCGACCGGCUCAUCGACUGCGCCAUCGAGGCUGCCACCAUGACCUCCCCGGGAGGCUUGGAAUGGAACGCCUUCGUUCAGUCCAACCCCCAGCUCGGCCACGCCGCCCACGUCUCCCGCGUCGCCUCGCCGGCCCUUUCCCAGAGCCGGAUCCCCGCGCCCAACGUGCAAGAGUCGACGCUCCAGCAGCAGCCCCCCGCCGUCGCCCCCCGAGAACAGACGGCAAGUGCCCUGCCGCCAGCGGGCCGGCAGAACCCUCCUCCCGAGCCGCACGAGGUUCAGCGAGUGGCCCCGACGCCCGUCGACCUCAACGAGCUGCCCACCGCUCCCUCGUCGAGACCGUCGAGCCGCGCGUCCAACAGGGCACCUCGGAAGAGGCAGCCGACCGGUCGCCCGCGGGGGAGGCCGCGCAAGAGGCCCGCCGAGGCCGCCACCUCGGGAGCCGAAGACGCCGCCACCGAAACCGACGACGCGUCCAGCAGGAAGCGGGCGAAGACGACCAAGGCCAACGCGGCCGAGAGCAAGGCGGCCAUGAACCCCUUUGCCGCCGCAAACGAGUCCCUGCGCGUCGCCGCCAGCAUCUCCGGUUCCCUGAGAAACUUUCGUCCCGUCGCCGCCGGCGGCGAGUCGGCGCCGGGCGGUCAGUUCCAGGAAACGCCUCGUGCUCCCACGCCCGUUCCCGAAGGAAGUCCGUACGGGGGACCUUUGCGGACCCAGAACCCGAGCAAGCUACGGCGGGAGUCGACCCUGGGUCAGCAGCACGACGCCGCGAGGUUAUCCGAGUCGAGGCUGCAGCCGCUGUCCCCGAGCCAGGAGGAUGGCCGGUCGCCCGAGUCUCUGGCCGCCACCCCCGCUGCCUUUUCGGACGGCAGCAUGCUCGACAUCUGCUCCUCGCCGCCCAUGCAACGGCCGACACCCUUCAUGCGGUCUAGUCCGCCGCCGUCGAGCCCUGUGCUGCCGCCGAUGCCGGCCAGCGACUUUCCGCAUCCCUCUGCCUUUGCCCACGGCGAGCUCGAGGCUCUCUUCGGCGAGGAGCCCCUCCAUCGCACCCUCCAGCCAACCCAGCCUCGUUCGGCCAAACCGAUGCCCAAGAGGGCCAGCGGCGUGCCGAUACAGGUCUUCCAGAUGCAAGACGGCCCCAUGGGCCAAGACAUGGUCUUCCUCCACAGCCUCAACGGCGCACCCCACCCGUCGCCCGACGCCGAGUCGCAGGCGCCGAACUACCCUCCUGCUCAUCUCGUCCACCCUCAUCCCAUGUCGGCGCCCCCGGCGCCAUACCACCACCCUCCUCCGCCUUCGAGCGACGCCCCGACCCUGCCGCCGUUGAAGAACGAGGCUCCGGGAUACCCGAACGCGGCGCGCGUCGCGACCAGGCGGAAGCCCAAGCCGGUCAACGCAUCGUCCGUCCACCGUCCGAGCAUGGUGCCUACGCCGCCGCCGACGACGGAUGCGGCGGAAAGGCCGACGAGUCCGUUGCCUGCCGCACGACCGUCGACGUACGCGGCCCAGGAAAACUCGGCGCCCGUGGCGGAGCCCAUCAGAGGCCUCGCUCAGGAGGGUGCCGACCCCUCCCGUCGCGAUGUUCGGAUCAAGCCUGCUUCUCCCGAGCCUGCGUCGACGACAGCAACGCCCGUGGAGCAGCAGCAGCAGCAGCAGCAGCAGACGGAAGAACAUGCGCCGAAGGAGCGGUCUCGGAAACCGCCCACCGAGCCGUCAAAGGUGGGAAGUCGCUCCUUCGGUCGAUCGCAAUCCGCAGGCGCCCUGAUCCUGCCCCAAGUCGCCGCCAGCGAGCCGGCUGGUCCAUCCUCCUUGUCGCACUCCGUCACGCCCGAGCUCGACCGCCCGCCGCCCGCCGCGCCCUCGGCCUUGAAGAGGGCCGCAUCCUCGGGUCCGCUGGCCCUGCCGGUGCCCGCGAGCGAUCCCGUCGGGCCGGCCAGCUCACGCUCGCACGUCGUCGGCCACGAGCAGGCCAAGGCAUCCGUUCAGGCCGAUGACGCCGCACCUCCGCCCUCGUCGCCGCCCGUGCACCGGUCGAACAAGAACUUUGUCAAGAAGAACGCCAUCAAGCAGCGGUUGGAGCAGGCCAUAAUCAACGGGGAGAUGCCUCCGUUCUGCAGCAACUGCGGGAACAUCGAAACGCCCACCUGGCGAAAAAUAUGGGUGCAGGAGAAGGACGGCGAGCUGCCGAAGAAUAUCGACCUGUCGGAAAAACCCGGCAUGAUCACGGCGCUCGAGGUCCUGACGCGCGACGCCGACGAAAAGGUCACGCGGCACCGCAUCACCAAGAAGGGCUUGGCGCCAAAGGAGGACAAGUCGGAGUGGGAGGAGCUGCUGCUCUGCAACCCGUGCGGAAUCUGGCUCUGCAAGUGCAAGGUCCACCGGCCGGCGGACCGAUGGAACAAGGACCAGGAGCGGCUCGGCCAGGAGCGCCGUCGGAAGGGCACCGGCCGGAACACGUCUCGCCCCAAGAAGUCGCGCCCCAAGAGCGAGGCGCCGUCCGGAUUGACGUCGGAGGCCUAUCUGCCGACCGAUCCUUGCGGACCGCCGCCGCACAAGACGACGGAGCCCGCGCCCCCGCAGGCCAACGUGUCGUCGCGCCCGGGCAGCCAGCAGGAUUCGCAUGCACGAGCCCCGAUGACGGUCGGUGGCGACGCUGAAUCGCUUCCGGGAUCGACGCACUCGCGCGGCAGCGGCACCGCCCAGAGCCCCGUGGAUCUUUCAUUCGACGAGGCCGUCGGCAGCACCAAGAGGCUGCUGUUUCCGUCGCCGAAGAAAGACGGGCAGAUGAAGUCGCUGGGCGGGAUUGAUGCGAACGUCGUGCAGGUCCCCGAUGAGUUCCAGCCGCUCAAGGGAUCCCUCGCGGCCGCGGGCGAGAAGGAGAACGCGCUCGCUCCGUUGCGGAAGAACGACGAGGACGACUUCGAAGCUCUGUUCAGGAGCCCGGCUCUGGCCAGGCCGUCGACGCCGCCGCCCAACGCCGAGCCCGAGGCGAAUGCGGAGAAUGUCGAGCGGUUCAAGACGCCGACGCGACGCACGCCGAGCCACAGGCCGAUAACGAGGAGCGUGACGAGGAGCGUCUCGCGCUCGCUGCGCAUGGCGGCCGUCGUGGCGUCCCCGAGCCAGCUGCUGGCCCAGCAGACGCCGACGAAGACGCCGCGGUUCGGCCUCGGCGCUCUGGGAAGCGUCGGGCCGCGGAGGAGCCCGCGCAAUCUGGGCAACGAGCUGUCGCCGACGAGCCGCAACAUCCACGAGGCCUUUGGCGGCUUCUCGGACGACAUCAGCUUCGACAUUCCCGACAACAUGGAUCUGAACCUCCUGCCGAUGCUGGAUCAGAUGGACUCGGGCCUGAACUCGGACAUGCUCAUGUGCCUCGACCAAUUCUUCAGCACCGACGCCCUCAUGACGAGCUCGCCUACCCAGAGCAGGACGCACGCCGGCCUCGACGGCAACGGCUCCCCAAGGAACUGGGCGCAGUGA